GCACAAAGACAUUCCUUACUAGGAAAAAACUGGUUUUUCCAAAUAAAUUAACGACUCCUUUUGACAGUGGUCUGUACUCUAUAACAUGGCACCCAAGUGCCUGGCUAUAAUCAAUUCAUUGGGUCCCUAUGGGAAACCCCAUGAUGUUUGAUAUGAUAUACUUUCCUAAGGCCUGUUCUGUAUGGGAUCAUGGGGAGGAGUGCUCUAUUAUCCAUUGAGUGUUAUUAUUAUUAUUAUAAUUAUGGCCCUUAGAUCUACAAAUCUUUACUUCUCUUCUCAGCAAACACCACUGCACAAAUCUAUUGCAGUUGUCUUCCACUGAGCUUCUCCAGUCAUUACUUCAGUCCCUGAACCUUAAAGUUCAAAACUUGGUUGGGGUUUAUAGAUGCAAUCAAGUACCAGGAGUAAGAGUGUAUUAUAAUUUUACUCAAACAUUGAUUUGGUAACUGAUUUGGGCUUUUAAGGGAGAUAUGGAUAUUCGGUGUUCCCAAAACUUGGAUGAUGGAGAGCUAUGGCUGCCUUCUGAUUUCCUAAGUGAUGAAAGCCCGCCGAAGGAAAGAGUCAUGCAGAGCAAUAAAAUCAAUAAGCCACAUAUUCUUUAUGAGUUACCCUAUGAGUGGAACUCCUUUGGGUUUCCCCUGGAUUCCUCGUCCUAUAACUCCCCUGUUGAGUCAGUUGUAGGCUCAACUGAAACAGAGAGUGAUGAAGAAGACGAACAUGUCGCUGGUCUAGCACAUCAGAUUGCUCAUUCCAUGCUUGAUGACGACGAUAACAGUUACAGAAUUCCUGAUUUGCAGUGGGCAUCCAAGCCGAAUGUCUUUGAUACAUGCAAGUCCAAUACAAUGGCCAGGUCUCCGCAAUCUAUCUUGUCGGCAGCGGGUAGUUGGUCUACAGUAAGCUCCAAAGGACCUUCACAGGUCUCAUCCCCUCCUACAACUCCCCUGAUAGAGAGCACUGAUGCAUCAUUGGAUUUAGUGUAUGCUGCAGCUCGAGAAGUUGUGAGGCUGGACAUGGACGGUCUAAGGCAAAUACCCACAUCCCAAAUACAUGCCCAAGGCAUCAUAGGAGCUGUUAGACGGCAUAACGCCCCUGCUACACAUCCUUCAACUCUUUUCAACAAGGACUUCCAGACCGGGAGCAACAGUUUCUCAGGAUUUCCUUCCAAGGAUAGAGCUUACUCGUCUCAAACACUUCAAAGAAGUUGGAGUGAUAAGGCCAAGGAAGAAGAUAGGAAACAUGUUUCUUAUCAAUAUAGGCAACCGAAGAACAAUAAUACAUCUGCUUGGGGAAGACAAGCAAAAUCCACACCCACACAAGUUCAGCACUUGCAAUCCAGGGCAGGCAGCAAAUCUGGUGUUGGCAACCGGCCUACAAAGUGUGUUGACUACUCUUCUUCUCCAUGGCCUCCCCUGCAGCAAGCGGGCGGGUCUGGUAUGAGAGCCGUUUUCCUUGGACCAAAUGGCUCAGGCCGAGAAUCCGGAGGCACUGGCGUGUUCUUACCUCGGCGUGUUGGUAACAACUCUGAUUUAAGGAGGAAGCCAGCUUGUUCCACUGUGCUGCUGCCCUCUAGGAUUGUGCAGGCACUGAACCUGAAUGUUGAAGACAUAAAUGCUCAAACAGGGCUGCAGUGUAGUAUUUCUCACAACUAUCGUGAUGCUUUGACAUCAACACCUGCAAUUCAUCCAUCAGCACAGUAUGUUGGGAAACCUGUUGAUCAUUGCAAACUUGCCCCUAAAAAUGGUUUCUCUGAGCACCAAAUUAACACUUUCUAUUCGGCGACUUCUCAGAUCCAGGCUGCACCAGCAGAAAUAAGCUUACCUCAGGAGUGGACUUAUUAAUUUUUACCUACUACUGCUAAUCUAAUGCUUAUUUAGGAUCUACAGAUAAUUUCUAAUCUACUCGAUUGAAAAUUUAGAAGUUUAGGAUUGUUUUGGGGGGUGGAACUACUCAGACCGGAGAGUAGUCUGGUAGUUUUUAUGUUGUAAAACACAUAAUAGAAGUGACAGGUCAUGGAUGGUGGCUUGUAUUGUACUUGGUCAAGAGUUCUCCAAGUUCUUAUCUGGGCUGUACAGUAGUGAAAAUUUCCGGGAUAGAUUAAUUUGGCAUUGUUAUAAGCAUCAUUGCAUCAAAGGGUGCUAGUGGAGCACCAGCAAAGUAUUAUCCAAUAAUGUGGCGUGUUUCCAAGGCCUCAGUGGAAACAGUUAUUGCAUUUUGUAAUAAAUCGAAUAUAAUGAAAAUUCAUUACAGUAAAGGUUCUUUCUA